UUCAUUCUUUUGGAGAAGUCUUCCCGGUGGAUCGAGAGAAAAAGAGGAGAUAAAAUCGAACGAAGGCAAGGUGAAACUGGAGGAAGAGAAAACACCAAGAAGAGGGAGAAAGAUAAAUAGAAAUAGAGAAUAGACCACAGAGGAGACACGCGAUCACCUUGCCCCGAUGGAAAUCGAGUCGAUGACAAGGCAUUUAUAAGUAAUACUCGCACUUAUCGAUAAUAGACAGAUCUAUCGAGUUAGCUUCGAAUUCUUCAAACAAAUAAUCGUUGAAGAAAAUAUUACUCUCUCUCUCUUGUCGAAGAAAAAGAAAGAUAUUCCCACGAUUAACGUAAAUAACGUUUCCCUCGACAUACGCGUUCCAACUCGGCGUGCAUGAAGGAAGAAAGGAAGAAAGAGAAGUAUCAGUGACGUGAAAGAAAUAAAUAAAGAAAGAAAGAGAAAGAGAAAGAGAGGGACAAGCUGUGGUCUCUCCGAAGGAAGUGCACGCGUUUCACCUGCUGAUGCACAGGAAGCCUGCACGUCGAGUCUGCUCAGUCAUCUGUUUACAUCGAAACCGAACCGAUGACUCGGAUAACGCGAGCUUGCUCUUCGAACGAUCCUAUCGAGAGAAGAUGCUUUCCCCCUUUUCGUUCGAGGUUCUAACGAGCACGGAUCUCACUGAGGUUUUGUAGAAAAUAGGAAAGGAAAAAAAAGAGCUCGUUAGCGCUCUUUCGUUUUGUUUUAAGACCUUCCAGUGGGUGACGUGCAAAAGGUUCGGAUAGUAACGUGAGAUAAGUGAUUUCAUUCAUCGAUCCCCGACACAUGAUAAUGAUAACAAAGGAUAAAUCAAAGAUAAGAAGGAAUAAGUUCUCGUCGCUGAGAAAAACGUCGAAAUUUGGGAAAGUUCGUAAUUAACAAAAAAGAGAGAGAGAGAGAGAGAGAGGUAAAAGAAGAGGGCUUUAAUCGCUGUGAUAAUUUGAGAAGGAGGAUGAAGAACACAUGACAUGCGACCAUCAUCAUCCUUGUCUUCCUCGUCAUCCUCCUCGUAUUCAAGGCGAGGAUCCUGUUCCAACAAGGACUGUACAUGUCUACUCUGUCGUGAACUGAAGGACUACGAGAUGAGUACUACGGUGGAAGUUCAACAGCCUAUGGUGGACGGUGCCAACUUUAUUCUACGUCGUCCAGUGACGUUCAUUAGCCGCGAACCAACACGAGAAUGGCAAGAAACCAGUGAAUAUGAAAAAACGUCGACCUUGGAAGAUCCUACUCGAAGGAGAUUCGACAAAACUGAAAUCGUCGUCGGAGUUGGCUCGAAAUCAACGAGAACCAUCGAUGUUCCUCAUAAAACGGUGAUUUAUUUUGGCGACACCAGUCAAAGAGAAAGAGAGAAAAAAGGUUCUACGGAAUCUCGUCGAGACGAGGUCCCUUCUAGAAAUCUCGAAAGAGACGAAAACUCGACGAUAGAUAAUACAAAGAGAAGUCACGAGAUCGUUGUAAACGUCACUCCCAGCAGAGAAGACGUACUGAGGAUCGAGGAGGACGAAAGCCAGAUCGAGGAUUAUUGGUCCUUGCCCGGGGACACCACUGGGUUCAAGGCUGACUGGAGUUUCGUUCAGCAAUGGCGCCUUAGGGGUCCUGGUGGUGGUAGUGGACGUGAAGUGUACUGUCCCCCAUAUACAAAGGACUUUACGGAAAAUCAGUCGAAAAGUGGCGUCCACAAUAUGGUUCACAUGGUUGCGGAGAGGGAUACGGAUAGCGUUGCGCCUACUCCGACCCCUCAACAUCCUCAUCCCUCGCAGCAUCACCAUCUCAGCUUGCACGAGCUCCGAGUACUUCAGAGGCGACCAGAAUGCGCUGGUAAUAGCUCCUCCGACGAGAAUCGAUCGUCCGGGCACGCAAGCAUGUCGGAUACCGGUGGUCAUACAAGCAGCAGUUCUCCGCCUCAUCGUCAUCACAGGUCGCACAGUCCUCAGCAACUGAACUCUGUACCAGAAGAUGAUCGACUAUCGGCUUCGGUUACCCAAAGAAAUGGUAGAAGCAGAUCAGGACAGAAUCGUAACAGACAUCGAGCUACUCCUGCUAAGCUGCAGGUACCAUGGUCGGGUUCUGGUCUGGAGGACAUAAAAUUAGCGAUUCAGCAACUAACCAUGCGUUCCCACAAGUCUUCCUCGACAUAUUCGUCGUUGAGUGGUUCGGAGAGUUCAGAGCCGGCGGUUAGAAGACUGAUGAGACAUAGUAGUUUAGAAACGAUCAACACUAACGUCACCAGUGCUGACGAAUUCGUUUGGGUCGACUCUCAUAAUAGACUGGUCGAGUUGCAGCAACUACCAUGGACUCAUCACGAUGUAUUACGAGUAUUACAGAAUGGUCGUACGAGAGAACACAUGGAACAAGUUUCAAUGGAGACCAUUCCUAGACUUUCUUACUUACUUCAACGAGCCUUAGUCAGGAUCAGCCGUGAAACUCAACGAUUGGCUAAGCCUAUUGGUCUUUGUAGCAAGCAUGAAGUCUACAGCGCUUUUAAGAUCGUUCUUUGUCCAGCCUUAGCGGAUUCUUGUACAAAGGCUUGUCUACGAGCAGCCGCUAUGUUUGCUGUGUCCGGCGAUCAGUUGAAGCAAUCGAAGGCAUCUCGGUCUGGACUGCAAUUACCCGUUGGUCGAUUUCUCCGUUGGAUGUCGGACGUUAGACUUGGAAGAAUGGUGCACGAGUAUGCUGCAGUGUACCUAACGGCAGGCAUCGAAAAUCUCUUGGAAGAGAUUUUGUUGCAAUGUAUGCCGACAGAACCACACACGACUCUAACCGCUACGAUGUUAGAACACGUAAUAGCAAACAGUGGUGACUUGUGGGGUCUGCUUCAACCUUAUGCUCAUCUUAAUGCUGGCCGUAUUGCAUCUGGUGCCCUCGCAAUGCCACGUUGGGCAAGCGUGAGCUCGCUGAAUUCUUCAUCCUCCUCUCGAAGUGGUAAAGAAGCGAUAGGAUCCACGCUCGAGCCUUCCUUUCUAACGACUUGUGUUGGUUCAAUGUCCGAACUGAUCGAGCUUAUAUCGAAGGUAGCUCAGUCUGGAAGAUGUCCAGUACCUUUAACAGCAAAAGCUUUGAAUGCUUUGUUCUAUUACAUGAGGUGUUCCCAACUCGAACAUGGCGAGAGAGGUUCAGGGAUACAAGAGUUAGCUUACGAAAGAGCCUACGUCGUUCUUCCACCUUUGAUCGAGUGGUUACGUAUAGCGGCAGCUCAUGCCGAGCAUCGACAUGCUCUUGCCGUCGAUCAGGAUGACAUUAAUCAAGCCGCAAGAUUGCUUUUACCUGGCGUCGACUGUCCGGUUAGACCGAUAUGUUCCGAGGAAAUCACAGUUUGCUCGAAACGUAUCGACGACUCCGAGUACGUUCGUCUGUUGACCACGGACAUGGCUUUCAAGAUGUUGACCAGUGGUCGAGAGGAGCUCAUAGCACAGGCGAUGCCAUUGUUACCAUCGACGAAAAUCAACACCGUCAACGAUAGCGGUUUUACCGCGUUGAUGUUGGCCUGUAUCAAUGGCGACGAGCAAGCUGUAGCAGCUUUGUUGGAUGCUGGAGCAGAUCUGAACAUCGAGAGUCCACCUCCAAGUACUAGUCAGUCGUCUGGCACCCCGUCGAAAGUAUCCAGUUCGACGAGUACAGCUAUCGUUAGAAGUCCCGUUAAUCAAUCGGUGAUAACAACGCCAAGCAAAAAUGGUUCGGUUCCGUCGCCAGGUGGUACUCCUUGCGGUAACUCGAGUAACGUCUAUUACGUUCAAACUGGAUUCAAUGCUGAAACGCAACACUGGACUGCCCUGACCUAUACAGCUUUGCUAGGCCACUGUAAUAUCGCUAGAAUGUUGCUGGAGAGAGGAGCAGCUGUGGAAGGUGGUGCAAAAGUCAGCGAAGACAAGUGUACUGUUACUCCGUUACAAGCUGCUACUGCAUCAGGCAACAACGAGAUGGUUGCUUUGCUCUUAGCUCAUAGCGCACAGCCAUUCUUGUCUACCUUGAUAAAAGACUCGUUUUCUUACACUGGUUCGGCUCAACGAGGUUGCUACAGUGCAGUAUCGGUGGCAACGGCGCACGGUCAAAGAAGUUGUCUUCAUCAGUUACUAUCUCAUCCGUUGAACUUCUCAGCGAAACGCGGAGAAAAAGAGAUCUUGUCUCUGGAGGAAAUACUCGCGGAAGGUAAUGCUAGUACCAAUCCUCAGCAACAAACCGUAGAUGGUAAAAAUGGUCACAGAGAGGGCAAAGAACCAGUGUUUAACAAAUUACAAACGAAGGCACUUCAGGAAGCAAUGUAUCAUAGUGCUGAAAGCAAUCAUUUAGACAUUACUAUGGAACUUCGUGGGCUCAAAGUAGGAUGGACGUUACACUGUUGGAUGCACAGUCUUGCCACUGCUCAUGAAAUGAGAAUAGAUUCGGUCAUAGAUCAAUUGCUUCAAGACUUUCUACAAGUUUGUCCCGAUGAUUACUCAACGCAAUUCGUUCAGGAAUGCUUACCACUUUUGUUCAACAUAUUUCGUUACAGCAAGAAGGAAGGUACAACGCUUCUACUUGCUGAUAUCUUUUGCACGUGUUUUGGUUGGGAGCCAAUCAAACCGAUCAGAGAUACUACACUUUCAAGUGGCUCAAGAAUCGAUCCAAAAUUUGUUAACAAUCCUGAGCUGAGCGACGUACAAUUUAGAGUCGAAGGUAGAGUCUUUUAUGGACAUAAAAUCGUUCUGGUAACUUCAUCUCCAAGAUUUAGGAAUAUGUUAAGUUCAAAGUUAUGCGAGGGUAAUCCUCCUAUCGUACAAAUCAAUGACAUUAGAUAUCACAUCUUCCAAAUGGUCAUGGAAUUUCUUUAUCACGGGGGAUGCGCAACUUUGGAAGUUAAUCAGAGUGAUGUUUUAGAAUUAAUGGCAGCUGCCAAUUUUUUUCAACUUGAUGGUUUACUGAGAUAUUGCGAGGCUCAAUGUUCAGCAAUGGUCGAUUUAGAUAAUAUUGUUUCUAUGUACAUUCAUGCCAAGGUUUAUAAUGCAGCACAACUCUUAGAAUAUUGUCAAGGAUUUUUAUUGCAAAAUAUGGUUGCACUGUUAACUUAUGAUGACUCUGUUAAACGUUUGUUGUUUGCUAAAAAAUUACCAAAUCAUGAUGUUCUAGCAGGCCUUUUACUUACUCUGCAAGCAAGGAUAAAGGCCAGAAGAUCUCAGCAACAAAAUAAAAUUAAAACGUAGAGCGUUUUUAAUUCGCCAAGCAAAAUGCACAGGAAAGUAACGUAAGUACCAAUUAAAGAAAAUUAGAUUCGUUCAAAUAACUCUUAUAAACAUAUACUGUAAUUACGAUAUCAGCAAAUGCUGUUUUAUAUAUAUAUAUAUAUAUAUAUAUAUAUAUAUAUAUAUAUAUAUAUAUAUAAUUUUAAAUGUUAAUUACUUGAAAUGUAUAUUAUGUGUAUAUAUCACGUAAAAAAUAGAACAAUGCUCUCUACAAUUGACAAACAAACAUAACAAAGCUAAACUGCAUUUAUCAAUUAAGCAAGUAAAUUUUACAUUUUAAAAGUUGAAGUUAACAUUGAUUAUAUUUCUAGUUUAUUUUUUUAACAAUAAUAUCUGUUAACAAUCCAACACGAAAGUUCCUGUAUUUGCGUCGCUAUUUACUGAACGACUUAUAAUACAUUUUUCAUUAAUAUAUUUAUUUUCUAAAAAGAGAAAAUACUAAACACUGAUUACAAAUAUUAUUUAAUAGAAUGUUAUAAAAUAAUAAGAUUUCCAGAUGAAUAACAUAUUAAAUACUUGUAUAAAUGAUAUAAAUAUUAAGAUUCUUAUCUUAUAUUUGUUAAAGUAAAUACUUCCUGAGAAAAAAAAAUUUAAUUAAAUUGACAUAAAGCGAAUAAACAACAAAUGUUAUCAUUGUUAAAGUGCUAUUUAUUUAGAAUGUCAAUGAAUAUCUGUAUGUACAAUAUGUAGAUUAUAAUCCUAAUGAUAAUGUAAUUGCUGGAUUUUUGGAUUGUGGAAUGCCUAUAAUAUAAUUAUAUAUGAAUCAAGUUGAUUUUCAAAAAGGGACUAUCUCAAUCAAUCAUAAAUGAUUCUAUAGCCUUAUAUAUGAUAAAUACAUAACAUUCAAUAAAUCCAAAAUCUUCUUGUAUUUUCUUUCUCUCUUUCUCUCAAUGUAUAACUCGGAAUUGAUUUAAAAGAAAAAAAAAAGAAAAAAGAAAAAAGGAAAAAAAAUAAUGAGUUAGGAUCAUAUUUAUAUUCACGUUUUCUUGAAUUAACAUAAGUCUGAAUAUAUACAUACACUAUAUAUAUAUAUAUGUAUGUAUAUAUAUAUGAAUAUAUGUAUAUAUAUGUAUGUAUGUAUGUAUAUGUAUAUAUGUGUGUAUGUGUAUGUGUUCGAUAUAUCUUAAGCACUGUACAAAACCAGCAAACAUAAAAUUAUCUAAUUGAAAGAAGCCUCAAGUAACAAGUGCUAACAGAACAACGUAACAACUCGAGGAAAUCGUAGAUAAAAACUGAGUAUAUAAAUAAACAUAAAUAAUACAUAUACUAAGACGAAUAUUAAAUAAUCAAUGUAAAUAUAUCUAAAUCAAUGAUUAUUAAGUAAUUAGUAUAGAUUUCAUACUAUACAAUUUUAUAAUCAUGCAUAGAGUGAAGUAAGUAUUGAAAUAAAUGGCAUUAACUAUCAUGGCUCUUCAUUAAUAAUAAAUAUACUGCGUUUAAUAAUUUACACACAUAUAUAUAUAUAUAAAUUAUAUAUUAUAUAUUAAAUUGUAUAUUAUAAUAUAUAUUAUAGAAAUAUAUAUAUAUACAUAUAUAAAUUAAUCUUUGAAACA